AUGCACUUCAGCACCGUCACCAGGGACAUGGAAGCUUUCACGGCCAACAGCCUGAGCAGCCUGAACGCCUCCGGGGUACCACCUCUCCCCUCCCCGGGGGACCCGUACGGACAGCAUGAGCCGCCGCACUACGAGCCCUGCACGGCUCAGCAGCACCCGCACCCGCCGCCCCAGCCCCAGCACGGCUACCCCUUCGGCGGGGGCGCCGGGGGAGCCGCCGCGGGGCCGGCCGCCGUCUCGGGCUGCUCCGCGGGGGCGGCCGCCGCGGCCAAGGCGCCGGUGAAGAAGAACCCGAAGGUGGCCAACGUGAGCGUCCAGCUGGAGAUGAAGGCGCUGUGGGACGAGUUCAACCAGCUGGGCACCGAGAUGAUCGUCACCAAGGCCGGCAGGCGCAUGUUCCCCACCUUCCAGGUGAAGAUAUUCGGGAUGGACCCUAUGGCUGACUACAUGCUCCUCAUGGAUUUCGUUCCCGUGGACGACAAGCGAUACCGGUACGCCUUCCACAGCUCCUCCUGGCUGGUGGCCGGCAAAGCCGACCCUGCCACCCCCGGGAGGGUGCAUUACCACCCGGAUUCCCCGGCGAAAGGGGCGCAGUGGAUGAAGCAGAUCGUUUCCUUCGAUAAGCUCAAACUGACCAACAAUUUGCUGGAUGACAACGGGCAUAUCAUUUUGAACUCCAUGCACAGAUACCAGCCGCGUUUUCACGUGGUCUACGUGGACCCCCGGAAAGACAGCGAGAAAUACGCGGAGGAGAACUUCAAAACCUUCGUCUUCGAGGAGACGCGCUUCACGGCCGUGACCGCCUACCAGAACCACCGGAUCACACAGCUGAAGAUCGCCAGCAACCCUUUCGCCAAGGGAUUCAGAGACUGCGACCCUGAGGACUGGCCCAGGAAUCACAGGCCGGGGGCCCUUCCUCUCAUGAGCGCUUUUGCCAGAUCCCGGAAUCCAGUCUCUUCCCCGGCCCACCAGAAUGGGACAGAGAAAGAUGCUGCCGAGAGCCGGCGGGAGUACGAGCGGGAGGCGGCCGGCGGGACGCCGCUGCACGCCGAGGCCGCGCACCAGCAGCUCAUGUCCCGCGUGCUCAGCCCCGCGCUGCCGGGCGGCGGCGGCGGCCUGGUGCCGUUGGGCGGCGCGGGCGGCGGCCGGCCCAGCCCGCCCCACCACGAACUGCGCCUGGAGCCCGCCGCCUCGGAGCCCCUCCACCACCACCCCUACAAGUACCCGCCGGCGGCGGCCGCCGCCUACGACCACUACCUGGGGGCGAAGAGCCGGCCCGCCCCCUACCCCCUCCCCAGCAUCCGCGGGCACAGCUACCACCACCACCACCAUCACCACCACAUGAACGCGGCGGCCGCGGCGGCGGCGGCCGCCAACAUGUACUCGUCGGCCGGCGCGCCCGCCAACUACGACUACGGGCCCAGAUAACGCCGCCGCGCGCGCCCCGCGGAGCCGCCGACGGCGCGAGAGACUGGCGGCGGCUGCGCGUGCCGCGACCGUUACCGUCCUUCCCCCUUCCCGCCUUUCCCUCUCUUCCCGCCUUACGAGUGAGCUGAUAGGCCAGCUUGACCUGAUCGACAAUCGCAGGAAGCCGGGGCCCCCGUCCCGCUCCCCACCCGUCGGCGGGCCGUGA